AUGUCGAGAUUCGAGGUCAGGUUGGUCGUUUACAAUCUAGUCCGAAGCGGAGGCGUAUUGCUAUUAGACACGUCGUUUAAUAGCAGCUGCGCGGUCGAUGUCGUCGAAGUAGCUCUCGAUGGCUUUCGUCGCCGUGAAGACCGACAGAAAGCUUUGCUUGCAUUUAUACAGGCUGUUGAGAAUGAGAAGGAUGGAUUCGUGAAGCUGCUAACUACGGAGCAGGGAAAGCCGACGUUCCAGGCCAAGGCAGAGGUCGACUUGGCCAUUGCUGUCGGACGCGCUGCUGCGCAGAUGACUUUGCCAGAGGAAGUGAUCGAGGAUACAGAAGAGAGGAAUAUUGUCUGUCGAUUCAUCCCCCUUGGCGUCGUCGCGGGUAUCGUCCCUUGGAAUUUCCCGAACUUGUUGGCGAUCAUGAAGAUUGCUCCUGCGGUCGUUACAGGCAAUGCAAUCAUCAUCAAACCAUCACCCUUCACGCCAUAUAGCGGCUUGAAACUCGUCGAGCUGGCUCAAAAUUUCUUCCCGCCAGGAGUCGUCCAGUCUCUCAGCGGCGAUGACAAUCUGGGCCCAUGGAUUACUUCUCAUCCUGGUAUCGACAAGAUCAGCUUCACGGGCUCAACUCGCACGGGAAAGCUUGUGGCCGCAAGUGCUGCAAAGACUCUCAAGAGAGUCACAUUGGAGCUUGGGGGAAAUGAUGCAGCGAUUGUUUGCGCUGAUGUGGAUAUCGAGAAAGUCGCUCCUGAGAUUGCCAACUUCGCGUUCCUAAAUUCUGGACAAAUCUGCCUGUGCAUCAAGCGCAUCUUCAUCCACAAGUCCAUCUACGAGCCAUUCCUUGAGGCGUUGGCUCGUCACGCAGAGACUCUUCGAGUCGGUGACGGCUUCGCCCCGGAUACAUUCUGCGGCCCACUCCAAAACUCGAUGCAGUACGAACGCGUCAAAGGUUUCUUUGCUGACAUAGAGAAGGAACAGUGGACAGUUGCAUUUGGUGGCAAGGUGGAAAAUACGAGCGGUUACUUCAUCAACCCGACUAUUAUCGACAAUCCGGCUGAUGACUCGAGGAUCGUGACCGAGGAGCCUUUUGGUACACUCGUCCGUGUGCACACCACUCUCGCAAAGGCUAAUGGCAUACUUGUAGGCCCUAUUGUGCCGACCUUGUGUUGGGAAAGCGAAGUCGAGGUCGUUGAACGAGCCAAUGCCACCGAUAUGGGUCUUGGUGCAUCCGUCUGGUCGAAAGAUGUGGAAAGUGCUAGUCGCAUUGCGCGGCAGCUCGAAGCUGGUACGGUCUGGGUCAAUAAUCAUUUUGACUUGUCGCCCAUGGCUCCGUUUGGAGGAUUCAAAGAGAGUGGAUGGGGGGUUGAAAUGGGUGUUGCAGGCUUGAAGGCGAUGUGCAAUUCGCAGACGUUGAUGAUCAAUAAGAGAGAGUGA